AUGAAUACAAGUCACCAACUCAAUCUAGACGCCCUAAACCAACAGCUUCAACAACAGAAUCUUCUCAAUAAAAUGUUCCUGAAAAAUGUGGUGCCGCUUACAUUUACUGAAUAUAACAUUACAGUGCUUCCAAGAUUUAACUUUACCAUUGAGCCACUUCUUUACUCACCGGUACACAAACUAAUCAAAGUGGAAGAACAAAUCGAGAGAGGGAAAUCUUGUUUUGAGGGGAGAAGCAACAUCAUAACUCCAACUGCGAGGAACCCUAUUCCAUUGUUGGGAAAAUCAUCCAGCAAACAGCAGAGAUGGGUACCCCCAAGCAGCCUCCAGCGGAAUGUAGCUUUUGAGCACAAAGAAGCUGUUUUUCGGAAGACUAGAAGCAUUUUAAAUAAAUUAACGCCAGAAAAAUUUGACAAACUUUGCCAAGAUAUUCUUAAUAUUGGAAUCACCUCAAAAGAUAUUUUAAAAGGAAUUGUAAUUUUGAUAUUUGAGAAAGCGAUAGAUGAACUAAGGUACAGUUCACUUUAUGCUAACCUUUGUCGUCGCCUUUACCAUGAAGCUCCAAACUUUGAUGUUUCUCAAACAAUAAAUAAUCAAAACCAGUUAAAACCAAAUACAUUUCGUCGCCUGCUGAUCGCAAAACUUCAAGAUGAAUUUGAAAACCGGAACCGAAAGUUGGAGGCUUUCGAUUGUAAGGAGGGAGCUCUCUCCUCGGAAGAAGAGGAACAAAGGUCAAGAGCUAAACAUCACAUGCUCGGGAAUAUUAAGUUUAUCGGUGAAUUAUACCGACUUAACCUUCUGCACGAGACCAUUGUUCAUAAGUGUAUUAAGCAACUUAUUCGAACAAAGAAGAAAGGGACAGUUGAUGAUGUGGCAGAGGAUUUGGAAUGUUUAUGUCAAAUCAUGAACACGUGUGGGAGAAGACUUGACCAUGAUAAAGCUAAGUCACUCAUGGAUCAGUAUUUUGAUCGAUUGGAAACAGUGAAGAAAAAGAAAGGAGAUCUUCCUUCACGAAUUCGAUUCAUGCUGCAAGAUGUUAUUGAACUAAGGGCAGCAAAUUGGACGCCAAGGCAGAUGCAGAGAAUCACAGCCCCAAAAACUCUGGGUCAGAUACGUUCGGAGGUUGGUGAGGAUUACCCAGGUAUUAUGUUCGAACAAAACAACCAUUAUUCGCAUCAUAAUCCUUCUAUGAGGGAACAUGGCAAAGGAGAGUUUGAACAAAAUGCAGCUGGACUUGGUUUUUUUCCUCCAUCGAAGAAACAGCAAUAUAAUGGAUUUUCGGGCCCCUUAUCCCCACCCCUACCCACCACACUAGGAAGCGAACCCACAAGUCCAGGCCAUGGCUUUGAUUUCUUCAGCCCUCCCCCACAAGUUAAAGCAAAGAAGCAAAGCAAAGGAAACUUGGGUUUUCACAAACUUCAACUCCAAAAUGGGGCAGUUCCUGACCCCACCCUCACCCACAUGAACGGAGGUCACCCCAUGCCAUAUAUGGGUUACCCCAUGAUGCAUAAUGGUUACCCACCCAACAUACAAGCUUAUUACGACCAUCAACCACAAUAUCGAAAUUUUCAACCAGAAUAUACAAACCAUGUCCAAACCAACGGACCAAGGAACCAUGCACCUAUCACAAAUGGCAAGGGCCCUGUGCAUGAUUUUGGCCCCAAAUACUUGAAUCAUCAACAACAACAACAACCUAAGCAAGCAACUAGAAACCUACAACAACAAGCUACAAGUAAAGUCACCCGAGGCCCCCAGACAGGAAAGAUCAAAUUUGUCACUCACCCCAACAAUGAAGAUCAUACCAACCAUGAACAAAAUUCAACUAAACAAUCGGAAAAGUCGAAAAAUCUUUACAGGAAUGUGGUAGCUGGGCCACAUGGCAACAAAGUACCAACAAAGAUUGUAAAAUCUUCGGCCCCUAUAAAGAAACGUCCAGCUGUAUCAUCAGCUGCAGAUGCAUUUCAACCAUCUUUCCAACAUGUUAUUGAUAAUGCAAUGAAUCAGAAACCACAGAAGAAAGCGAACAUCACAAACCAGGAGAAACAGAAAUCAAAGAAGAAUAUUUUAAGUGAAGAAGCUUUAAUGGAUGUUGUGAAAAGAUCAACAUCCAAUGUUAAUGGGGGAACUACUAGAGCUCUUGCUGUGAUAAAAGAUGCAGCUAUUCCUAACAAACAAGUAGCUACCUUGUGUGGUUUGUUCUAUGAAAACUACCUACAUAACAAUGAGGAUGUACGAGAAUUUGUCUGCAAGAUCCUAUCACAUAUGGUCGACACAAAACUUUUAUCUACUGACCUUAUUGAAGAGGGCUUGCAGAUGUUUUUCGAAAAACUCUCAAAACUGGAGACCAGUGUUCCCAGAUCAAAAUCGAUCACUGCUUCCUUGCUUGCUCGGUUGAUCCUUUCAGAUCUGGCAACACUGCAUGGGAUAGCAGAGCUCCUACACAGUGGAUACCACUUUCCACUGUUCCUGCUCACACUACAGCAACUUGUUAAAUUAAAUGAUAAAGAUUGGUUACUUGCGAUGUAUAAGCAAAGCAAAGUUGAUAUGCUGAACCUUAUGCCAGAAGUCUCCCAAAACAAGAGCAGUAUGUUUGAAAUCCUCCAAGGUAAACAACUUGCCUUCCUCUACCCCCUGCUACACAUGGAGACAAAGUUAAACGAGCAGCUUAACACAGACCCUGCACCCCAGGUGGUGUAUAGGUGGAUAAGAGAGAACGUUUCAAGUGAACUUUACUCUCAUCCUGAGUUUAUUCACGUUCUCACAUCAAGUUGCCUACACCAUGUUACCAAGCAAAGCAGCUUAAAAGCUGGGGUGGACAGAGGUCAGAAUGUCCCGAAAACAAUUCAGGAAGAAGAGAAAAACCUUCUUAAAAAGAUCAAACCAAUCUUGCAGAAGUUUGUCCACGAUGACACCAACUUACAACUACAUGCGCUACACACUGUGCAGGCUUUCUGUCAUGAUAAGGAUUUUCCUAAAGGAUUACUUCUUCGGAUGUUCAACCUCCUCUACAACGAGGAUGUAAUUGAUGAGGAAGUUUUCAUCUCAUGGAAGGAAGAUGUCAACUCUAACUUCCCUGGGAAAGGAAAAGCUCUCUUCCAGGUGAACUCGUGGUUAACAUGGUUACAAGAAGCUGACACAGAGGACGACGAUGACGAAUAAACAAUGAAAUAUAUGGGACACUUGCAACGACUCCCUAUAUGUGAUGUAUUAUACUUGUAUUUAUAAAUGUCUAGAUGACAGUAUAUAAAACAAGGUAUUAUCUGUAUCUCUUCUUUAUGUGAUCAAUUUUAAAUCAUGCAACUCCUUUUAAUCAUACAAUGUUUUGUACUCUGCAGUUCUUUAAAUUUUCAACAAAAUUCAAUGAUUUAAAUUAGAUUGAGAAGUUACGUUUGAACAAGUUUUGCAAAUUAGCCGCAUAGCGAGCCGCGUACGAAGCACUCAGUGUUAAAUUUGUACAAAUUUUAGAGAUUACCAAUACGCAUGUAUUUGUUGCACGACCAGUGCUCUGUCUUUAAACGUAAAUUUGUUUUCCUUUUUUUGACCGCUUUUGCGCAAGGGAUGUCUGUACUUUUAUCUUUUUACGAGAGGAUUCGUUUAUUGCGUGUAUAGAGAUGUAUUGUUACGUGUUUGAUUUGGAGUCGUUGCAAUACAAGAAUUUGGAGCA